CCCCGGCCGCAGGUAUUUAAGGUCCGCGAGGAGCCGGCCCAGUUGCUCUUGGGGCCACCCCAGUGGUGGUGCGGACCGCUGGCAGGCAGACAGACCCCGGGACCUCCCCCCCACACCACCACACUGUCCAUGGAUUUUGUCGCUGGAGCCAUCGGAGGAGUCUGCGGUGUUGCUGUGGGCUACCCCCUGGACACGGUGAAGGUCAAGAUCCAGACAGAGCCCAAGUACAGGGGCAUCUGGCACUGCGUCUGGGACACGUAUCGCCGAGAGCGGGUGUGGGGCUUCUACAGAGGCCUCUCGCUGCCCGUGUGCACCGUGUCCCUGGUCUCGUCCGUGUCUUUCGGCACCUACCGCCAUUGCCUGGCACACAUCUGCCGAUUUCGGUAUGGCAGCACGGACAUCAAGCCCGCCAAGACUGACAUCACGCUCUCCGGAUUUGCCUCCGGCUUGGUCCGCGUGUUCCUGACCUCGCCCACCGAGGUGGCCAAGGUCCGCCUGCAGACGCAGACGCAGCAGCGGCGCCCCUCGGCCUCGUGGCCCUCGGCCGUGCCCCCCGCGUGUCCCGCGCCCCCCGCGAGUUCGGGCCCUGGGCCCAAGUACCGAGGACCUCUGCACUGCCUGGCCACGGUGGCCCGUGAGGAGGGGCUGCGGGGCCUCUACAAGGGCAGCUCGGCCCUGCUCUUCCGGGACGGCCACUCCUUCGCCACCUACUUCCUGUCCUACACCAUCCUCUGCGAGCAGCUCACCCCCACGGGCCGCAGCCAGCCAGAUGUGCUGGGCGUGCUGGUGGCCGGGGGCUGUGCCGGGGUCCUGGCCUGGGCCGUGGCCACACCCAUGGACGUGAUCAAGUCGCGCCUGCAGGCGGACGGCCAGGGCCAGCGGCGCUACCGGGGCCUCCUGCACUGCGUGGUGAGCAGCGUUCGGGAGGAGGGGCCGCGGGUCCUCUUCAAGGGGCUGACGCUCAACUGUUGUCGUGCCUUCCCCGUCAACAUGGUGGUCUUUGUCACGUACGAAGCCGUGCUGGGGCUCACCCGUGGCCUGUCCACCUAGCUAGUCCCCGCGCCCCAGGGCCGGCCCGCCGGCGGCUUGCAGACAUCUCGUAGCUGGAGGUGGCGGAGAGUGUGGGGGUCUGGGCCCCGUUGAGCCACCACCCGGUGGCCGGAGUCAGCCGUGCCUGGGGCUUUGCUCACCCAGCUACGGACCACGAGGAGGUUCAGGGGCCCCUCUGCCAUCAGCCUGGGGCUGGCUUGAGGGUCUCGUGAGCCAGGGAGGAGUGAGCCUCUUGGAGGAGGACAUCUGUCACGCGCGGUGGUUUGAACGUUUGGUCAGUUGGUCGUUCCAGCUUCCCCGGGGCCUCUCCCUGCCGCCCGUGUCUUCGGAGCACCCCUGCACCUCCGUCCACUCACCCAGUGUCCGCUGGCCACCGUCCCCGCCAGGCCCCCGCUGAACUCUCCUCUGGUGAGCGCCUAUGCACCCGCCCGCUUGCUCCCCUGCGCCGGGCUGCGCAGAGAGGGCACUGCCCGGACGGCCAUGACCAGCUUGGUGCCAGACCCGCUCACACACCCUUGCUCUGCUGGGAGAUCCCCGAGACUCCUCGGGGAGCCGUUGACAAUAAAACGUUUUUGUUUGAAUGUG